GCUCCUUAUGUAAACAAUAAAGAUGGCGGCGUGCAGUGUCCGCCGCGCGCUCCUCAGUCUGACUCUGAGCAGGGUCACGUGUUCAGGAGGUCACGUGACUCUAAGGGGCUCACCUGGAAGCGCUGUGACAUCAUCAAAGGCUGUGGAGUGGAAACGCUCGGCAUGCUGGGUAAAAGAGAGCAGACAUGAGUCCAUCUGGACAAAAAGAGGAGGAGCAGGAGGAGCAGGAGGAGGAGGAGGAGGAGGAGGAGCAGGAGGAGUCCUGUGGGCGGCCGUCGCGUUCUCCCUGUUCAGAAGUUCUGAUGAAGACCAACGAGAUGAAGCUCAGAGGAAAGAGGACGAGAUCAUCCUGCUGCUGAAGAAGGCCAAGCUCAGCGUGUCUCGGGGUCAGCUGCAGGCGGCCUCUGGUCUGCUCCAUCAGGCCGUGGUCCUGGCUCAUCAGACUCACAACCUUCAGGCCGUCGUCUACACCUACAGUCUGAUGGCGAAUCUGGCCUACGUUCAGGGUCAGCUGGACCACGCAGAAAAACUCUUUAAAGCAGCGAUGAGCUUCAUGCUGUCAGGAGGAACGCCACAGGACGACAACGCUGUCAUCGAGAUGUCUCUGAAACUCGCCACCAUCUACGCUGAACAGAACAAGGCGGAGCUUGCAGAGCACGGGUUCAGGUUCUGUACGGAGUCUCUGGGGGCCAAACUGCAGAAACAGAAGGAAAGCGCUGCAGAGGAACAAACAGAGGAGCAGGAGGCUCUGAGGAAGGAGACACGCCUCCUGCUCGGCCUGUGUUUGGACUCGCGGGCUCGAUACAGAGCGUCAACGCUGCACCUGAAACUGGCAGGACAGGACUACCAGAACGCACUGGACAUCUGCCGCCAGGAGCAGGGAGACACUCACCCACAGACUCUGGUGCUGAUGAGCGACCUGGCUACCAUCCUGGAUUUGCAGGGUCGCCAUGACGACGCGCUGGCGCUGGUUCAGCAGGCUGUUGAACUGAGCCGCUCCGUUGGACACCCGGACCAACACGUGCUGCUGGGAAACAUGGCCGGCAUCCUGCUGCACAAAGGCCGGCUGGAGGACUCGGUGCGGUUCUACCAGGAGGCUCUGAGUCUGGCACGGCAGGCCGGAGACCAAGAGGCUGUGGACAAGAUCCAGGAGGGACUGCAGGAGGUGAAGAAGAGGAGGAACCAGGAGAGGAAGGAGGACGGGGAGGCUGCACAGUAGUGAUGGAUUCCCAGUGUGUCAUGGACAGAGUUGGUUCUCCUGAGGAGGAGGAGGAUGAAGAUGAGGAGUCCGUCAGUCUGUCUGUUGGUCCACAGCAACAAACUGGACCUCCAGACUGGACAGGUUCAUAGGGACCCCUGUGACCCUCUAUUCAGUUGUUAAACUCCUUGAUCCCAGUCAUGCUCUGCAGAGGAUGAACCCUUGACAUCUGGUGUUUGAUACUUUGUUUGUAGUGCUGUAAUGAACUUUUGUUGAUCCCUGAUGCGUACUGACCCCCCCCCCCCCACACACACACACACACACACACACACACACUUCAACAUGGAUUGAUUCCACAGUUUAUCGUUAACCAUCACAGAGUUAAAUAAAGUUUUACUGACGAUCGUUAUCCUCCAAUAUUCAGUAAACAUGAGAUCAGGACUUAAUUUGUGCUUUUCUAGUCUCUAAUCUCUGAUAAUGUUACAAUGUAAACAACCAACCUGUGUUUAAACCAACAGGAGAGCUAGUAACGUUAGCAGCACCGCUAACGGCUAACAGGAGGAGAGCUAGUAACGUUAGCAGCACCGCUAACAGGAGGAGAGCUAGUAACGUUAGCAGCACCGCUAACGGCUAACAGGAGGAGAGCUAGUAACGUUAGCAGCACCGCUAACAGGAGGAGAGCUAGUAACGUUAGCAGCACCGCUAACGUCUAACAGGAGGAGAGCUAGUAACGUUAGCAGCACCGCUAACGGCUAACAAACGGAGGUUCAGUUCAGUUACAUUGUGAUGCGUUCAGGCUCUGUUCAGUUAAAUGAGUAUUGGUUGAAGGUAAAUUAUAACGUUAUCGUGAUGUGUUCACAUGUAAUCUGUAAAAUGUAGUGUUGGUGAUGAACUAGAAUAAAUCCAGUAGUUUGAAGGAGAUGUUUUCACAUUAAUAUAAAUAGAUAUUAGAGAUGAAUUAUGAUGUUUAACUUCCUAACACGAGCUCUAAGAUUAUAACACAUCAUUAACACUAAUAAUGAAGAGAUCUGUUUUAAUACAUAAAAAUACAAUCUUUUAUUUCCUUAUUAUUUGAAUUGUGUGUUUUUAUAAAGUAGAAAAACGGGUUUACUAAAACAAAGUAAAAGUAUAACAUGAAAGCUUUGACACGGAGGAGCAGAUGGAAACACACAGCAGGUUACUGUCCUUGUGAGGACCUUCAUUUAUGUUACUUCCAUUAUUGAUUAA